AGUGGUGUACACUGCUGCUGUCUGCCAACACAUCGACGGUGCAACAAGUCUUGAGUUAUCAUUUUUCUGCAGCAUCCCCGCGCGCCUCUUAACUCAUGGAAUAGGUGGUGAGAGGCCGCCCCUCCUCCCCCACCCCACUCCAGCCCACACACGCACCCACGCCUCGCUACCUCAGCACCUACACAAAUGCAGGAAAUCAUACAAAUGUGCAGUUUCGACGGCACCAAGUCGACCAAGGGCGCGUCCAAGAUGCGCCGGGAUAUGAUCAACGCAGAGAUCUGUCAGCUUCGUGAUCUGCUGCCUCUGCCGCCCUCCACCAGGCAGAGACUCUCACAGCUCCAGCUCAUGGCCCUCGUCUGUGUCUACGUCAGGAAGAGUAACUACUUCCAGCAGGUGUUUAAGCAGCAGGAGCAGAGCUUGAGUCCAACACCCAACAUUGGCUUCUCUAAGGCCAUGAACGGAUUCAUCAUGAUGUUGACCCAGGCAGGCAAGCUGCUCUACAUCUCUGACAACGCUGCAGAGUACCUCGGUCACUCUAUGGAGGACUUGUUGAUUCACGGAGACAGCGUGUACGACAUUAUAGACAAGCAGGAUCACGCAGCAGUACAAGCAGAGCUGGUGAGGGCUGGACACACUUCCCAACACCACGAAGAAGAUAGACUCUUCCUGUGUCGCAUGAACGUAUCAAGGAACGCCAGAAGACAAAUGAGGUUCGGUGAUCAGAAGGUGGUGCUGGUAGCUGGACAUUACCUGUCUUACUUACCCUUGUGUUCGAGGAAUGAACCAGUGUUCCUGGCUCACUGUACACCCAUCGCUAUGCCAGAGACCAGAGAAAGUGUCGUUCAAGGUGCCACUAACGUCUUCACCUCCGUCCACACACUCGACAUGAAGUUCAUCAAUCUUGACAGAAAUGGUGAGUUCUACCUGGGGUACAGCAGGUCCUCGCUGGCUGGGGUCUCCUGGUACCACCUCAUACACCCAGAGAACAUGAGGGAAGCACAGACCAAGCACCGCCUCAUUACUACGAGUGAGCAGGACAGGUCCUGUAUCCUGCUGGUGCGUCUACAGGCCGCCGGGGGCACCUGGCGUUGGGUACAUAGUGUCUUACAGGUUAAGGAUGCUGCUGACUCCAGCCAGCAGGCUGGUCAGGGCUCUCACAUCACUAGCAACACCAACACCACUAGCACCAGCAGCAGCAGUAACACAAACACAAACAGCAGUAGCUGCAACAGCAGCACGCAACAGCAGCAGCAACAACAGCCAGUGAUCGUGGCCACCAACCAGGUUCUAGGAGAGAAGGAAGCAGCAGUGUUAAGAGCUAACUCUUGGCUCUAUCACUACUACACUAUGCAGUCCAAACUUCAGUACGGCAUCGCUUAUGAUGCCCACGCUCAACGCGUUCAUGCUUACUACCCCCAGGUCAUGACCUACCAGACGGAUCCGGCCGCCUCCUACAUGGCGCCCACAGCUCUUAACGGUACCCACAGCCACAGCCACAGCUCCAGCACCCACACUCCCUACUCCCUGGCGACUCCCUCAGAUUACGCCCACCUCCAGCACUACCACCACCACUACUCCGUCCGUCUCCAACACGGCCUUGACUACUCCCGCGACCCAGCUUGGGCUUACUACGACGCCUCCCACGCCACUACCGAUACCCAGCCGCCCCUCCACGCCCACACCCACACGCCCAGGUCUAGUAAAAAAACUUCCUCGCCUAAUUCGUCCCCACGAAGAUCACCAGUAACGCCGCUCUCAACACACGGUGUAUCUGAGGGUGGCGGGGUGGCGGUGGCGACGCCCGUGGCGGUGCGGGCGGCACCGGCGGCAGUGCACAAGGGCGCGGCAUCCCCGGAACUGGAACAGCACCUGGAGGUACCAUGGAAGGCGUCACCGACGCAGGAAGUGCCGGAGUACCCAGAGUACGCCACCUACAUCACGCCUCCGUACUCUGCUGCCACACCAACCAAACUUAAUGUCUUCACCUUCGACUCGCUGGACCCGAGGGAAGUCAGUCUGGGCAGAGAUCAGCGUGUGCCCUCCGUGGAGGCAGGAGAGCUGCCUUCCUGGACCACAGCCCCCAGCAAGCUGGGUGCCUGGCUACCCCCCUUGCGGCCGCUGCACCCGGCGGCACUGUGAAUGCCACCCUCCGUGGCACUCUCCUCCUUACCUAGGAGCAGCGCCGCUGCCGCCAUGCAUCUCGUGCCAACACUAACAGCCUCCUUGGCCUGCACCAGCUACCACCACCUUCGUCAGCGCCUAUGCCAUACACCCGUCACUACCUGCUGCUAGCGACGAGCCAGCUGGGAGCCAGAUGGUCGAGUGUCUUGUGAACGAUGGAACACAGUUAUAUAUCUCUUAUUCGGGUGAUCAUCGCCCUUACGACCUGGUCUCAGACCAGGUCUCCUGGUUAAUAGCCUGAUCAACCAGGCUGUUGGUGCAGUACACCGGUGCAGGCGUCGCCACCUCGAGUGUGUUCACUAAGUGCUCCAUUUUCAUCCCCCUAUCUCCAGUGCUCUCUCCAGGCUCUCUCACCCCAUUUUUCACUACCCAUGGAGCUCGUCUCUUACCAUUUGUCUGCUUGUUCCAGUAAAGCUUCACUACCUGUGUCUGGCAGUGUUUUACAAGAGCUGUUUCAGAACUCCAAGAGCUGUCAAGGAGCUCUACAGAAGCUGAGAGCUGUUAGGGAGCUCUACAAGAGCUGAGAACUCUUAGAAAGCUCUAUAAAAGCUUAGAGUGAUAGCAGAAUAAUCACUCAUGUUAAUAUUUACCCUCGCGUGAGUUUACAUGUCUGGACGGUCGCGACGGAUUGAACGGUCACUUCCCAGCCGUUGUAACGGAUUUAACGGUCAUUCCCUUACCGUUGUAACAGAUUUAAUGGUCACUCCCCGUCAGAUCAGUGACCAAUAUGUGCGUGAAACAAAUACAGCCUCUGCAGGGUUAAGUAUACAGUAUGUGUGUGUGUGUGUGUGUGUGUGGUGUGUGUGUGUGUGUGUGUGUGUGUGUGUCUCUGUGUGUGUCUGUGUGUGUCUGUGUGUGUGUGUCUGUGUGUGCGCGUGUAGUGUGUAGUCGCCUAAUUGUGGCUGCAGGGGUCGAUUCAUAGCUCCUGGCGUGUGUAUGUGUGUACGACGUAACUUGUUUACGUAAACUUGCAUUUAUGUGCGUGUUCCCGGUUCGUAUACGUUUUGUGUACACAUCAUCAGUAGCAGAUGGGUCAGUGUUGCAGGUGAUCGUGUGUACAUACGUCAGUCAUGCUCACACCAGCGUCAACAAUCCCUUUGCAUCUUAUGUAAAGUUGGAAGCGCGACGCUGGUAUCUUUGGGCUCGGUAACGCGUCAUGUCUCUGGCAGCGUUCAGUGCUUGUGGCAGGCGUUGAUCAGGGGUAAAGUUAGGUCUAAUUUGUACAUACUAAGGCUGGUAUUGCGGUGUGAGCAGACGAGUCCUCGCCUUUACCUCCCUGCGUGUUCCUGCACUUGUGUUGCAUGCAAGUACCAUUAGCCGCGUUGAUGAAGACAUCUCGGAGGUCGCCCUUAUAGCUUGGUUGGUUAAUGGGAGUUGAAAGCCUAUUGGUUAUACUUGGAUCAUUAAGGCUCCAAGUAACCUUUUUACCACCGGCCUAGGCUACUUUAAUCCUUAAAAUAAGAAUUAAAGUAUAUGUACACUGAGAGAACUACUCCCGUCCGAGGAUAUACACUGAGAAAUACUUCUCAUUAGUUGUAUACUGAGAAAUACACCUUUCAUUAGUUGUACACUGAGAAAUACACCUCUCAUUAUAGUUAUACACUGAGAAAUACACCUCAGUAUUCAUACACUGAGAGAAAUACAUCUCUCUUGGUAUAUAUACUAUAAUUUAUACCAGGUAUCUACCAUCUACAGAAUUUUUUCUUCAUUAUGUAACAAUAUAAUGGUAUUGCAAGGAUAAAUCCUACCAUGAAAAUGGCAUUCCUUGGAUAAAUGCUACCAUGAAAAUGGUAUUCCUAGGAUAAAUGCUACCAUUAAAAUGAUAUUCCUGGGAUGAAUGCUUCCAUUAAAAUGGUAUUGCUAGGAUAAAUCCUACCAUGAAAAUGGCAUUCCUGAGAUAAAUACUACCAUGAAAAUGACAUUGCUAGGAUAAAUGCUACCAUGAAAAUGGUAUUCCUAGGAUAAAUGCUACCAUGAAAAUGGCAUUCCUAGGGGACAAACUCUUACCAUUAAUAUAGCAUUCCUAGGCUAAAUUCUGCUAUUACGUAGGUUAAAAUUUCUAAGCGGCUGAAUUCCACGAGAUGAUCAGAGGUCUGGCAUUACCAUGCUAACACCUGGAUCACACGACUUACUGAAAUUCCCCAGGACGGGAAUUAUCUCAGCAUUUACGUUGCGUUAACCAUGUGUUCAACGAAGGUUACGUGUUCAAUGAAGGUUUUGUUUUCUAAGGGAAGCCGACCGAUGUGUAUAGAGAAAAAGCAAUGUGUAUGUAUAUAUAUUUUUUUUUUUUGACCUGUUUUAUGGUUUGUCCAGAGGAAUUUAUAUAAAUAUGAAUAUAUAUAUAUAUAUAUAUGUAGAUAGACGGUUGUUAUAAGAGUUAUAGUAUCUAGUGUGCAAUCUGGUUAAUAGGUUAGUUUACAAAAUGUCGAUUAAUGCAAAUACAAUUUUA